UUGCUCUGGGUGCGGGGGCUUCUCGGGGUCGCCGGCGGGCCGACAGGCAGCGACGCAGAAGAUCCGCGGCCGCCGUGUGUUUCGUGCAGCCCUUCCGGGGCUCCGUGCACGCUGACCUGGUUUUGGCCUCCUGGACCCCUGGCUCUGCUCAAUUAUUGUGGGAUAUAAAGUAAAGUGGAUUUUCUUCUUUGGAGACAGUUCUCGCUCUGUUGCCAGCGCCAGGCUGGAGGGCAGUGGCGCGAGCUCGGCUCACGGCAGCCUCCGUUUCCCGGGUUCAAGCUAUUUCCCUGCUUCAGCCUCCCGAGUAACUGGGAUUCCAGGCGCCCGCCGCCACGCCCGGCUAAUUUUGUGUUUUUAGGAGAGACGGGGUUUCACCGUGUUGGCCAGGCUGCGCUCCAACUCCUGACCUCGUGUGAUCUGUCCGCCUCGGCCUCUCAAAGUGCUGGGAUUACAGGCGUGAGCCACCGCGCCCGGCCUGAGUUGACUCUUGAACAAGAGUUUGAUUUUCACAAGGAAGAGAACAUGUAUUUACUGUUCAUUCAGAGGAAGCGGAAUUCGCAUCAAGAUCUUUAGGCUUGAGCACGGCGACUGCCCGGUGUUCCUGGCGGAGGGAGCAGCUGAACAGGGAGGCUGGAGAGCAGCCGGGGCUUGGACUUGGCAGGCUGGCCCUGGGACGACAGUCGGGGACGCUGGAUGAGGGGUUGCUACCGAUGUGAAGGUUUAGAGCAGGGUUUCCCAACCCCCGGUACCGGUGCGUGGCCUGUUAGGAGCCAGGCUGCUCAGCAGGUCCUUGACUGGCACCGCCUGAUCCCCCUCACCUGGGCCUGUAUCACUAGGCAGGUUCCUCAUCUUGGAGAACAGAGAAGGACGACAGCUUCCUUGUUGCGCAAACUGACUACAGCCUCCAAUGGAGGGUUCAUUAAGGAGUCAUCCUGUGUUAGAUCCAGUAACUCUGUGCAGGAGCCAGAAUGCAGGAAGAAUCCUGUUCAGUGCCUCCUUAAGGAGCAGAGGACUCCUGUGGAACAGGGGUCCAUGCUGCUGGAGAGAGUCAUCGGUUCACUCCAGGACAUGGGUUUCAGCAAUGCCCAUAUUAAUGAAUUGCUCAGUGUACAGCCAGGUGCCAAUCCUCAACAGUUGCUGGACACCAUUUCAGAACUUAUUCUCUUGGGUCUGAAUCCAGAGCCUGUGUUUGUGGCCUUGAAGAAAAGUCCCCAGUUAUUGAAACUGCCUAUUAAGCAAAUGAGGAAGCGCUCUAGUUACCUGCGAAAGCUUGGGCUUGGAGAAGGGAAAUUAAAGAGGGUGCUUUCCUGUUGCCCUGAAAUUUUCACCAUGCUUCAGCAGGACAUUGAUGGCACUGUCAGGCUUCUCAAGGAGAAGUGCCUUUUCACGGUACAGCAAGUCACCAGGAUUUUGCACAGCUGCCCCUUUGUUCUUCGAGAGGACCUGGGCCAAUUGGAAUAUAAGUUUCAGUAUGCGUAUUUCAGGAUGGGAAUUUCGCAUCCCGACAUUGUAAAGAGCGAGUACCUGCAGUAUCCACUAAACAAGAUUAAGCAGAGGCACAUUUACUUGGAGCGCCUGGGACGGUACCAAACCCCUGAUAAGAAGGGGCAGACGCAGAUCCUUAACCCGUUGGUCAAGAACAUUCUCCGAGUUUCAGAAGCCGAGUUUUUGGCAAGGACAGCCUGUACUUCUGUUGAGGAAUUUGAGGUUUUUAAGAAGCUCCUGGCUCGGGAGGAGGAGGAGUCUGAGAGCGGCACAUCUGAUGGCAAAAGGGCAAGUCUGGAUGAGGAGGAGGGCGACGGGGAGGAGGAGGACGAGGAAGAGGAGGAUGACGAUGAUGAAGAUGAUGAUGAGGAGCAGCUGUGAUGGGAGGACUAAAGCAAAGGGCCCAGAGAUACCAAGGAAGCUUUCCGUUCUCUUAGAGCUUUUGGGUCCUUUACUUGAAUCUUCUCAAGUUAUUUUUUACUCUAAAACUAGACUUUGAUGAAAAAAAUUAUAAAUCACCUGAGAGAUCGAUCAAACCAAACAGGAAACAGGAAAUGCAAGUUUGACCUGUUGUCCGGUGUCUGGGGAGGGCCCUGUCCCAUCCUAAAUAACAUACUUACUUUGAGCUAUUCAAAGCAAGGGGACUCAUCAACAUUCUGUUUCAUUGCUUUCUCUUUUGACUAUGUUGGUGAUAGUUCCAUGACAGUUGGAAGAUAGGGUUCCUUCUGCUGGUUCAGCAGUCACUUUAUAUUUCCUUCUAGUGAUACAAAUAAAAUUAUGAGAAGGCAGUGUGAGGUUUUAGUACAUCAUAGCACUUUAUUUUAUGAAAACAUGUAGCAGGAUUUCCACAAAAAUAUUUGUUUUUAAUCCAAAAGUAUAUUGUUUCAUAAUGGCAUUCAGCGUGCAGCAGAGUGAAAGGAAGUUGAUCUGUGAUGUGCUUGUUAAUUUGCCCAGCGCCUCAAGGCCAGCAAAACACUGCGGCAGUUUUAUCUUUGUGAAUAAAAAAAAGGCCCUUCCCGUCCGGGGAAGCUGGCUUUUAUGCCAGCCCUUGGCCAGUGGUCGGUCACCUCUGGGCCUGAUGUCUCCGGCCCUGUAGUCUGCAUUGCCACUGUGCUGGCCUGGAGAGUGCUGAGGCAGGUGGAGGCUGGGGAAUGCUCCUGUACAGUCGCCUCCCCUGCCCGGGUUACAGAUGGGCUUUGAGAACCAGAGAAAGGCAGGUGGGCUGAAGCCAGGGCCACAGGGAGCUCUCCAUGACCCCUAAGGUGGGGGCUGUCACCUUAGGGAACUGAGAGUAAAGAACAGUCUGAAAUGCUGGGAACAGAGAAGAGGAAUUUGAUCUAAGCCAGGGGUGGUCCCUGAGGUAGAGGCCUGUCUUUGAUGGCAUGAGGUCUAAGAGGGUCCUGGAGGACUGGUACACCCUAGAACAUUCCAGGUAGCCCUUAGGAGAAACUGACAGGAUUGUUGCAGAAAGCAUUUUUGGUGAUGGGAGCAAAAUUCCAGUCUCCUUGGUAGCAUUCUAGGAUCUAUUAGAUUCUAGGAUUCCAGUGGGUUAGAUUCUAGGAUCCAGGGAUGCUGUAAAACACUACAGUGCUCAGGAUGGCCCCACAAGAGAGAAUGAUCCAGCCCAAAAGGUCAGUGCUGAGCCUGAGAAACUCAUCUAAGGCCUGGUCUAAUAAAGUAAUGUGACCGUUCACUCAUGACAACUUCAGAUUGUAAAUGGACUUAGAAUAGUUGUAUUAUUUUAUUUAAAAGAGAAAUAAAUAGCUGGGUUUUCAGCAGGGCUCCUUUCCCCUAUGCACGGGAAUACCCUUGGUAGAUGUGAGCUGCAUGCUAGUGUGGGGAUUCAGCACUGAAGUCUGGGUGCUUUUGUUUUCUCCAGCAGCCUCCUCUUGGAGCGUGACUGCAAAGAAAAAGACUUUUGUUUUGCAAAAGAGAAGCAGCUCAGUGAUUCCCUCCACAUUGCCAGGGUUGAGUCAGAUGCAGUGGCAGUUGACUGCCAGUGGAAGGAGUUCCUGCUGAGGGGAGGUGCAGGUGAGCUGGCACUUCACUGGGGCCCUUGCCUGCUAGGUUCUCCACUGGAGGACAGUGGGCACAGCAGAGAGCCCCUUACCUGUACCUGGCAGCUCACAUGCCGUGGGCAAAAGGGGGAGUUUGUCUUGCCUUGCUGGCCAUAGGCAGAACUGGAAAUGAAGACAUUUCACUGUGCCAGUGUUUUCGUUUUCUCUUCGGUUAUGGCUUCCCAAUGACUGCCACUUGUCCCGGAACCUGGGCUGUUGUUCUCGUGCCCAACGGGAGGACUAAGAAUCCUCAAUCCGCACUCGCUUAGAUGAUCAGUACAUCCCAGUUUCAUUAGCAAAUGGGUAAUUCAGCAACUCACGACUGCUGCUUUCAUUUUGAUACAAAAAUAAACCUUUAUGCUCCUGACAACUUUCUGAUUCUACUCUUACUAAUUUCCUUGGGUGGACUUUUGAGUAUUUUCAAGGACGCCGUUAGAGUUUUUAAAAGAAGCCAUGUGAGAAAAGCUGUGGUGGCCUCUUUGGAAUGUUUCAGGAAUCAACUCAUUCCUGAGCACCAGGAAGUCUUCUCACUAGAUAGUUAAUGUGUAAAGCCUCCCCGUGGACGAGUCCUGUCAGCACAGCACCAAGCCUGGGACUCAGGAGCCAGUUCUCGUUGACACAGAGACUUCCAAGCUGACACUUGGAGCAUAUUAGCAUUUGCUGUGUGGCUGAGGGGCUUGAGGUCCUAGUAGGGAGUAGAAAGAUUCGCCUACAUUUCCAGUGAUAGCACUCGAUCUUACAUCUGCUAGGAAUGCUGGAGCUUACAUGGAUGAACAGUGACGGGUCCCAGGCUGCAGGAAGUCAGCAGUACGUGUUUGUGUACGUGGUUUUCUCUCAGUUCACCCAGUGACCCUUCACUGAGCUGGAGACCCUGCAUUGAGCUCUGCCUUCUGUUCUCAAGUGGGUCUGGAGACUGGGGAACAUUUUGGGAGUACAGGUGAAACUUCUCGAAUUGCCUGUUCCUUCUCUCUGAAAAUGACAGACUGCAGAAUACACAGACAGAUGCACAUGAAAUUUUAAUAAAGAUAAAAAGCCUAAAAUAUACUCUAACUCUUAAAAAAACAUGUUUAUAAAAGACAAAAGGAAGGAGGCCCUCUUUGUGGCUGGAAUGCUGGCUCUGAGCAGAGUCAGGGAGAUGCGGCAGGGUGCUUGCUUUCCAGCUAGGUCAGCUCUCAUGAGGCUCAACACGCGAGGAGGUGGCACUGGCCUCUUUGGUUGUAACGGACAGCUGCCUAGAAGCAGGGUGGGAAGCAGAUGUGAGGUGAUGCACUGUCCUGCUUGUGAAGAUGGCGUGUCUAAGAUCAUGCUGACCGCCUGAUAGCCUGACACAGCGUUUCUUGAGUCAUGGACUGAAAGGAACUUGAACAUUGUGCAGCCAGCCCAGGCGUCCAUCCCUGUUGCGCUGAGACUUGUGAGGAGUCCUUGCUGCUGUGUGGCUGUGUGCCUCAGCUUUCCAAGCAGGGGGCUCGAUAGCUUUUUUCCAUGAAAACUCAGGGGUCUUUGAUGCCUUUGUGACUUGUUAUUCAGGAGAUGGCUUCCACUGUUUAAGGCUGAAGCCGAGAUGAUCUCAUAGAACAGGGUUCACCAAAUAUGGCCCAUGGGCCAACCUGGCCACUGCCCGUUAUUGUAAGUAGGCUUUUAUUGGAACCCAGUCAUUCAAUUACAUGCCUGUGGCUGUGUCUGUGCUACUGUAGCCACAGGGACCUUUGGUCUGCAAAGCUGAAAAUAUUUACUGUCUGACCCUUUACAGAGAAAGGCUGCCAGCUCCACUGUAGAUGAAAAGUGUCUGAACUCCUUAUGUUAACAUUUCCUCUACUAGUCCAUACAAUGGCUCCUCACCCUGCAGGAGCGUCAGAAACACGCCGAAGGAGCAGAGCAGGGUGGCUAUGUCUGCACCUCAGCUUUCCGUCCAGCACCGCCUGGUCUCUGCUUUUUGGCCCCUGCCCUGUCUGUUUUGGAAGCAGUCCAACAUGAUUCCUUCUCAAUUUGUUAGGCCUCAAAGGCAGAAUUCUUUCUCUGGCUUUGGAGUCAAAGAACAGGUUUCUGAGUACUGCAGAGUGUGGUCUACAGCCUUGCUGAUCCGGGGUAAUGGUGGCUGUCAUCUCAUCUGCAGAGGCAUGGACCACACCUUCAGGAACUGCAGCCUGGGUGACAGCACAGGCUGCUGAAAUGCUUCGCAGGACUCAUAGGUGGCUGGUGCCAGAGCCGGGUCUCAGGGCGGGCUGGUGCGUGCACAGUCCUGGCCAUGUGUCUUCUAGAGGCCUGAGGAGAACGGUCACAGAGGGGACUGACUCCAGCUAGGACCUUUUCUCUCAGGGUGUCCUUUUUCAUCCAGUUUUGAGACCUCAUCUUCCUGGGUUUUAGAAACUUUUGAGGUUGGUGGAGUGUAACAAGAACGUCUUAAAUCCUUUGAAGAAAAAAGAAAGUGAAGCAUGAGAAUGGCAGGCAUUCCCACUCCUCGUGAAACCAGCUGCUUCCCUUUUCUCUUAGUGGUACUUAUGUUCUUAUGGCACCAGGGUCUAACAAGGCAGUGCACGGCGGGGGCAGUUCCCAUCUUUAGCAACACGUGGGCUCAGCAUUACAACUUUUAAAUGUGAAAUCAACAGGCUAUUCCUCUUCCCUGCCUUCCUCCUUCCGGUAACGACUGUGGGUCUGUUCUCUAAGGGUAUGGCUGUGUUAGGUUGCUCUGUGUUGAAAUAAAUUCUCGUGUUGUUCUUGGGUA